GAUUAUUAAAACAAUGGGGAGGGUUUGCAUUUUUUUAUUCUUUUUUUCCUUUUUUUUCAUACAAAAAUAAUUACAAUGAAAUUCUCAAAUGUGUUUAGAUCAAAUCCUAUUCGAUCAUUUGAAUUGACAGUGGCAUCAGGCGAUACGAAGGCAGUGGCAUUUGGUGCGGGAUCGAUUAUCAAUGGCAACGUUAAACUCUUUUUGGAUAAAGCAAUCACCAUCAAAUCUAUAAGAGUGGUAUUUAAAUGUGAAGAGUGGGACAAGAAAAAAGGACCCUCUUGUACCUUAUUUUCCGUCGAAUCUUGUAUUUGGAGCCAACAAGAACCCACAGAAUCCGAAACAGGAAACCAUAUUUAUUUAUUUGCUAUUCAAUUACCAUCAUCCGUUAAUUUUCCACCAACGAUUCGAGAUGCUUAUCUAGGACAUCGCAUCGAGUAUUCACUCCAAGGCUAUUUAGAUUUACUUGACAGUACAACCAGAUCCACAUCUAUCGUACCUCUCACCUAUUUACCACUUGUUUCACUAGAUGAUUUUACUACUCGCCAUCAUAAAAAAUCAAAGACCAUCAAAAUAGAAAAGGGAGAAGAGUACGUUGAAGUCACUGCAAAAUUAGUAAAUCCAUCUUCUUGUCCAGGAGAAUUGUGCUCUGUUAAAUUACACACGCACAAUCAAUCAUCCUAUAAUAUUAAUCAGGUGCAAGUCUUUCUAUUGUCAACUGCUACUUCCCUAUCUUCCAGUAAUAGAGAAUAUCCCGAUUUACCAGUGGCUAUAGGGCCAUCCUACCAUCACAAACAACGUCAAAUCCACAGCGAAUCCUUCUAUGUGACAAUUCCUCGUUACAGUCGAGAUAAUACAACAAUCUGCCCAUUCAAAGUACCAACGUUUUGUGUUCCUACCACACAAUGUCAUUUGGGAAAAUAUAUUGAUAUCACGUAUGAAGUAGUGAUAAUUAUUCCUACUAUGGGUCAUUCUUCAUCAGAAAGUGGUGGUACAAAUAAUUUAUUGGUGAACCCUCGAGCCAUACGUUUACCCUUGAUCGUCACCACCAUACCUUAUAUAUCUAAUUUACCGAAACUACAGAUCCCCUUUGCCGAUGAAAAUAAUACAGACGUUCCUACAUUUAUUAAAUACAAUGAAUCCCCUUUACCUUCACCAGGUGGCGCUUGGAGUCCAGGAAGUCCCAUUGAUGAAUUAGAUCUCUUAUUUGAAUUACCGCAUCAGGCAUCUUCUUCAGGUCAUCUCAUGCCUCCUCCAACUUUACGUAGAUCUGUCUCUAUACAUAGUGAAUAAAAUACCCCUUUCUUUAUAAGAAUAAUUUAAUG